GUAUCAGUCCAUGGGCCCCCGGGCGUGGGCAAAUCCAUGUCCCACCUGCUGGCAGCACGUGCGCUGUACAACCAGGACCCCUCCCCACAGACUCAAUGCCCCGGCCAGGACUGCCCUGGGUACAAGGUGCUGUACGGCAUGGACUACAUAGCCAGCGAGAGGGAUCAGCAGCACGCGCUGCUGCGGGCCUCGCUGCUGGAGCACUGCAGCCGCUACCCCGAGGCGCUCAUUGUGGUGGAGGAGUACGACAAGCUGGACUGCUGCACACGCGGCUUCAUGCGGCAGCUCUUUGAGAACGCCAGAGCCGCCAACGUCACCCUGGACAGGUCGGUGAUCAUACUGGAGUCGAACAGCGGCUACCUGCAGCUGCACGAGCUGCUGCAGGCGGCGGGGCACAGGGGCAAGGUGCGCGCGGAGGACGCGCAGCGCGUGCUGAAGGACCUGGUGUUUGACCUGUGGCGGUCCGACGGCUGCGAGGAGCGCUCAGACACGCUAAAGAUGCUGGCGCUGGUGGACUUCUACCUGCCCUUCCUGCCCCUGGAGCGGCCGCACAUCGAGCAAUUGUUCUGCAUGAAGUUAAAGGAGCGCGGCGCUUCGCUGGCCGAGUCCAAGCAGGCCGCGGGGCUCACCUGGGAUGAGGACGUCGUCAAGUUUCUGACAGACAGGGUUGAUUUUGAGGGGCCGUACCCGAUAGAAGGGGCAAAGGAGGUGGGCACGCUCAUGACACGAUAUGUGUCGCGAGCACUGCGGGCGUGGAGCAGUCAGCAGGCGGCCAGG